AUGACAAGCACAAAGGUUUUCUUGUUGGUGCUGUGGCUAGCAGUGUGUGUGGGGAUAUGCAGACCUUGGUGUAAUGAUUUUGCUGAUGAUGCCAAAGCCAAAGCAGAUGAGGCCAAGAAGUUUGCCACCGAAGCCGUUCAUAAUGCCAAGGAAAAGACAGAGUCUUGGGCCGAUUGGGUUCAUGACGAGUUCUCUGAAAGUUUUGGGCUCCAAAAGGAUCGUGAAAAACAAGCGACUCAAAACAUGAAGUAUAAUGCUGAAGAUGCUGCCUCAAGGGCCACAGAGACAAUGAGAUCCGCAGCAUCGAGGGCUUCAGAAUAUGCUUCUCAAAAGGGUAUGGAUGCCAAGCAAGCAAUUUCAGGAGCCAUGAUCAUCAGAAUGCCAUCUGAUAGGAUUAAUGAUGCAAAAGACACAAUGGGAGAAGCCAUGGCUCAAGCCAGAGAAAGAAUGGGAGAUACCUAUGAGGAUGCUAAGCAAAAAAUGUACACUGCUUCAGAUAAGGCAUCAGAAAAAUUCUAUGAUGCGAAAGACACAAUGGCUGAGGCAAUGGGAAAUGCAAAGGACAAAGCAAGCGAUGUUUAUGAUGAAGCUAGGCAAAAAAUAAGUCACGUGGCUUCAGGUAAUGCUAAUGAUGAUGCUAAGCCGAGAAUAAAGAUGGCUUCACAGAAAACUUAUGAUGUUAAAAACAAUUUAAAAGGAGCAAUGAAUUAUGGAAGAGAUAAGGCCAAUGAUGCUGAAGAUAAGAUGGGUGUGGCAAUUGGAUAUGGAAGUGACAAAGUGGCCGAAACUUUUGACCAAGCUAAAAAUAAAGUGGGUGAAGCAUAUGUAACAGCAAAGAAUACCAUGACUGAAGAGGACAAGGCUAAGUAUGAGGCUGCAAAGGAGAAGGCUUCGGAGGCCACUGGCAAUCUUGGAGCUAAGAUGAGGAACAGUCCAAAAAUAUGA